AUGGCAGACUUACUCCCGUUAGUUAGUUUUUUUAUCAACUCCAGUGCAAGCAUUCAAUUGAGUCCGAUCCAGUCCGAAUUGCUGCUUAUCUGGCAUGCUUACUGUAGAGACAACUACAAAAUAAGCAUAUCUUCUUUUGUGGAUCAGGUAAGUAGGAUUAACGAGAUCACCAAAGGUUGUUUCUGGAAGGAUUUGGAUUCAAUUAACUCAGAAUGUGCAUUGGAGUACAUUAAUAUUGACAAGUUGGUGGAUUUAGAAGAAUUCUUAAAAGUAGAGGAUGAUAAUGACCCAAACAGGACGAAUUCUCUUAUGGAUAUUGACCAAACUUCUCCGUUGCCGCUGUAUAGCGCUGAAGACUUUUUCCACAUGUUGAAUAAGCCCAUGAAUCCGCCUUUAAAUGCAUUGGAAAUCUUAAUUACAAAGCCAACAGCUAGAAAAGAAUUGACUAUCUCCAAGAUGAAAGUCAAGUGGCCAAAGAGGCAAUUUGCAGAAGUCUGCAGAAACAAUUCCCACGUACACACUCUAUCUAACAUAUUUGGUAAUGGGGGUGACCAGAUCAGUAAAUUGAGAGGUAAAGUUAGCUCUACUAUAUACCAGUGUACGUUGAAAAAUGUUCAUUACUUGCCAAUUAUAACUAACUACACUGACAUUCUGUUGGGAGAUUGCUCUUAUUUAGAUACCUGCCAUAGAAUGAAGACUUGUAGAUAUUUGCAUUACUAUACGUUGAACGCAUCACAAUGUGACGAUGUCAAAAAUGACAAUCUUUCUAAGAAAUUCUACCUAGAUUGUAUUGCAAAUGAAUACACGCUCGGAGACUGUCUCCUUGAAUAUAAAAGGGCAGUACUACCUCCACAGUGGAUCUCUUGUGACGUUAGGCAAAUCCCAUUUCUGAUUCUAGGAAAAUUUGCAGUAAUCAUUUCAGACCCUGCAUGGGACAUUCAUAUGUCACUACCAUAUGGAACCUGCAAGGACGUUGAGUUGUUAUCCUUGCCAAUGAAUGAGUUACAGGAUGAAGGAAUUAUACUUCUUUGGGUUACUGGUAGAUCAAUUGAGACCGGUCGCAAAGCACUUACCAGUUGGGGCUAUACGAUUUCUGAUGAGAUCAUUUGGGUAAAAUUGAAUCAAUUGCGAAGAACCAUUGUUACUGGAAGAACAGGGCACUGGUUGAACCAUUCCAAAGAGCAUUUGUUGGUAGGUGUAAAAGGUGGUAAUCUCCCGUGGUUGAACAGGUUAGUGGAUUCUAGUAUCGUUGUCAGCUCCACUAGGGAAACACUGAGAAAACCGGAUGAAAUUUACCAAAUUGUAGAAAGAAUUGUGGGGAAACAUGCAAGAAAGUUAGAGCUAUUUGGAAGGGAUCAUAACAUCAGACCAGGUUGGUUUACAAUAGGAAAUCAGGUUCUGGGAGUCUCGAUAUAUGAAGAAGAAGUAAGAAUCAAGUACGAAGAAUACAAAAAGUUAACAGAUCGAAAAAAGAGGUUAUAG